CUAGUCGUCUAGUCGACUUCCGUCAUUUCCUAUACAUGGGAGCGGGCAUGUGGCAGUACUAUGAUGUGUAUGCUGUUAGAUCCAGCUAGGACCAGACCUCUGAGGAGUUCUCCUUUUUGGUCUAGUCGUCUAGUCGACUUCCGCUAUUUCCUAUACAUGGGAGCGGGCAUGCGGCAGGACUAUGAUGUGUAUGCCAAAAUCAAUGGCUUAUUGCCAUCAGUCAUCUGUUUUGAGGUUGAUCCAAACAGCGAGGCAAUAGCCCUGAUCAAUAAGCAUGCGACUAUAUUUGCGGACAAAAGCAAAAUGGUUCCUGCUACUUUCCACGAUUCUUUUCAGAAGUUUAUUGAAACUUUCAAAGAGGAGAAUUACCCGCAAAAUUACCUUUCGACAAAUGGGCCUCUCGCCCAUUGUCAUAAUGACUUCCUGUAUAACUGCCAUGGCUUGUAGACAGGUGUGAUAUGGAUGUAUAUACAGCAUUCAAUAACCUUGCUCUACAGUGGUAUUUGGAGAUAGUCCUGGUAUUGCCUGGUGCUGACUGCUUCCCCCAAUAGCGCUCUCUGCUAGCAGUAUUUGCUACCUACCACCUGAUAUUCUUUUGCUUCACACUUGUAUUAUUAUUUGUGUGCCUUUCUGGUUUAUUUGUAUUUUGUAUUAUUAAUUCCUUGCUCAAAAGGUGCUUGGUCCUAUAAGCGAGCCAGUCACCUCACACAUUCUGGCUAUGGUCCAAUACAAGCAAUAAUUCUGUUAGGCCUGCAGUUAAAAACACACAGGUUCGGCUAGUCAGGGAAAGGCC